CGCGCAUUCAGCAUCAGCCUUGCGGCGUGCGCGCACAUUGUGAAAAAGCAUAUUUUAGUGGAGGUGCGGAAGGAAGGCUGCUGUGGCGGGGUGGUAAAGUGACUUGUGGGAUGCCAACUAGAAAAACAGGAGCGGGAAACAACGACGACUAUUAAUACUACGGUGCGCUGGUUCACCUAACGCCCCGACGCUCUCAGGUUGGAGCUGCAGGAUAGUGGAGAUCCAUCACAAAAGAAAGUUCAGUUACCACGAAGCAACGCGUGGGAGUGGGAGGAAGGAUCGUGUUUGACUGAGGCAAGUCCCCAGUCUGUCCCGUCAUGGCAGGAGCUGGAGGUGACAUGCAGUGGUGCUUCUCUCAGGUGAAAGGAGCCAUUGAUGACGAUGUGGCUGAAGCUGACAUCAUCUCCACGGUUGAGUUUAACCACACAGGUGAGCUGCUAGCCACUGGUGAUAAAGGUGGGCGCGUGGUCAUUUUCCAACAGGAACUAGAGAACAAGAGUCUGCCUCAGUUUCGGAGUGAGUACAACGUUUAUAGCACUUUCCAGAGUCAUGAGCCGGAGUUUGACUACUUGAAGAGUUUGGAAAUUGAAGAAAAGAUCAACAAGAUUCGCUGGCUUCCACAGAAGAAUGCUGCUCAGUUCUUAUUGUCAACCAAUGAUAAAACGAUUAAAUUGUGGAAAAUCAGUGAACGAGACAGGAGACCAGAGGGCUACAAUCUCAAAGAAGAAGAUGGACGCUAUAAGGAUCCUAAUACUAUCACCUCACUACAGGUGCCAGUUUUGAUACCCAUGGACCUCAUGGUGGAAGCAAGCCCACGCAGGGUGUUUGCCAACGCUCACACCUACCACAUCAACUCAAUCUCUGUCAACAGUGACAAUGAGACUUACUUGUCUGCUGAUGACCUUCGCAUUAACCUUUGGCACCUUGAGAUCACUGACCGCAGCUUCAAUAUUGUUGACAUCAAACCGGCCAAUAUGGAGGAGCUAACAGAGGUGAUCACAGCAGCUGAGUUCCAUCCUCAUCAGUGCAACACCUUCGUCUACAGCAGCAGCAAAGGAACCAUCCGUCUGUGUGACAUGAGGAUGUCUGCACUUUGUGACAAACACUCCAAACUUUUUGAAGAGCCAGAAGAUCCAAGUAAUCGCUCUUUCUUCUCUGAAAUUAUAUCUUCAAUCUCUGACGUGAAAUUUAGCCACAACGGACGAUACAUGAUGACCAGGGACUAUUUGUCCGUAAAGAUUUGGGACUUGAACAUGGAGAACAGGCCUGUGGAGACCUAUCAGGUUCAUGAACACCUAAGAAGCAAACUCUGCUCACUUUAUGAAAACGACUGCAUCUUUGACAAGUUUGAGUGUUGCUGGAAUGGCAAUGACAGUGUGGUAAUGACUGGCUCAUACAACAAUUUCUUCCGGAUGUUCGACCGGGGCCAGAGGCGCGAUGUCACUUUGGAGGCUUCCCGUGAAAACAUCAAGCCCAUGCAAGUCCUGAAACCUCGCAAGGUGUGUGUAGGGGGCAAGCGCAAGAAAGACGAGAUCAGCGUAGAUAGUUUGGACUUUAACAAGAAGAUCCUUCACACUGCCUGGCAUCCCCAGGACAACAUCAUCGCGGUAGCGACGACCAACAACCUCUACAUAUUCCAGGAUAAAGUCAUUUAACAUGUGCAAGAUCUGGUGUGUGUGAGACGUCGUGAUGCACCACCUGCCGCCCUGUGGCUAAAGCCAGAAUGGGUCAUGGUAAUGCUGACAACCAGCAUCCCCUGUUCGUCACGAAUUGGUGACCAGCCUUUGUUUGAGAUGAAGACAGAGGAAGCCUCGCUCUUGCCCAUCAUCAACCUGUCUGUGACAGUGACACCUGCCUUGUUGUUUCAGUGACGUGCCAUUUUUUUUUUUUUUUAAUUUGUAAUUUUUCGGGGGGGGGGGGGGCCUGCCCACCAGCCUCUCCUAGAGGUAAUUUGGGUGCAACGGAUUAAUAUCCAGUUUUCUGAGUACAAAUUUAUUUUUUAUAACCUCCCUCGCUCUGUGAAAAAUUUUAUUAGUAUGUCCUUCAUUGUCCUGUGCCAUAGAAGUGUUUAAUUUUCUAUGAAAAAUCAUUUGCCAGUCUCUUUUGUUGUUGAAGUGGUGCAAACACCCUUUUAUUUAGUAAUUGGUAAUGCUAUCAUAUUAUUAUUUGAGUCUCCUUGCAUAUUUCCAUUAAACCCAUACAAGUCACAAAGGUAUGCUCCAAAAUUGGACAAGGGCAAGGACGGUCUGGUCUUAAUUCUGGUUACUGUCUGAGUAACUCGGGUUUUGAAAAGCUCCAAGAUAAUUUUGUUCAAGUUUGGUCAAUGUCUUGUGAUAAAUUUAAACAAAAACAAUCAUUGUCUAUUUAUAUUACCAGUUUGUCUUCAGAAGUAUUCCGUCCGGUUGUUCAAAUUGUUUUAAACUGGAACUUAAGCAUUUUUACGUUUGGAUGUGUAAUGUGCUCGUUUCAAGGUGUACCACAGAUCUGGAGCAUUACUUCACAAGGGAAAUGGUUGCUUAGACACUGGAGUUUCUCCAAUUUAUGUGCUUGUGUUUAUCAGUCAAAUGUUUAAAACUUUAUUUUUAUUUGAGGAAUUUCAUUGCAUCCUGUUAAAUCAAAUGUAUCCAUUACUGCUACUAUAUGUGCUCGUGCAAUGGGCUGCAAGAGAUCUAAAGUGUGUCGUCUCCACAACUUGCAAUCAAGGACCAGUCAGACUAUUGAUGCCUCUUAUCAAAGUGCGACUACAAUUUUAAUCUGACUGUGGCCGUAAUAAAGAAACUACUUUUUGCAGUCUCGU